UGUCUGCGCCCAUAGCCAUGUGUGCGUUUUAAUUUUAUCAGCUGUAAAGGCAGCAACGACACAACGAGAAGCAUUUUGAAGGAAAUAGAGAGUUGACAGCAGCCAAAGCAUCGAUAUUUCGCAGGUCAAAUUUCGAAGGUCAACACAGACGACAGGGCACACCCAGAACUGUUGGCAACCUUAAAUAACAAAGACUGAAAGAACUGGAACACUUACAGAAUGACUGAAAAAGACCCAACUGAAGCCUGCACGAAAACAAAAAAGAAAUCUAAGAAGCUGAUACUGAAGCAUCAAGGUGAUCUAGACCCAGGGACGGUUGACACAUCUUUGGUCAGUUCUGCUGAAACAGUUGACCUCAAAGAAGAGCCAAAAAAGAAGAAGAAGAAACAUAAAAAGGAAAGGAAAGAGACCGAUCUUGAAUUGAGUGUAUCGACAGUUAAUGAGGUGGAAUCAGAUACUCCCAAGAAAAAGAAAAAUAAAAAUAAAGAAAACAGUGUGGAAUGUGAUGACACUCAUGUUCCUGUACAUGUAACAGACAGUGCAGAAGUAGAAAAGAAACCGAAGAAAAAGAAAAAGAGGAAAAAUAUGGAAGAAGCGUCCAAUGUACCUUGCAUUGGGGAUGAUGUUAUUGUUGAAGAGUGCCAGAUAUUAAAGAAGAAGAAGAAAAAGAAGAAAGAAAAAGAAGCAAAAGAAGUUGAUGGAGCCCCUGAGACUGAGUCCAAGAUGAUUGAGAAUCAGGUUGUUAAAAGUAAGAAGAUUAAAAAGUCUGAUGAUGAAGGCAAUGUAGUUCAUGCCAUUGAAGAUAUACAUGACCAAGGUGUGACCCCAAGUUCUAAACGAAAGAAAAAGAAGAAAGAUAAAAGUGAGAGGGAGGUGGAAAGAUCUCCCCCAGCAUCUGAAAUUGCUGAAGAACUUUCUUCUAAGAAGAAGAAAAAAAAGAAGAAAAAGAAAGAUUCUGAAAAAGUAAAUAGUGGCACUGAAAAUGAUGUUGUGGCAGUUACUGAAGACUGUCACGUAAAGCCUAAGAAAAGAAAAUAUGAACAAGAAUCAGAUAAUUUUAAAGUUUUAGAGCAACAGACAGAUCCAAUUGAAUAUAGUAUGGGUAAAACCAAAAAGAAAAAGAAAAAUAGAGAUGCUUCUCAGGCAGACAAAGAAAGCUCAAAAGAACAUCUACAAAAUGAGAAUUUGACAGAUAAUGGUCAAAGUCAGAAUCAGAGAGAGGAAAGUCAUUCUAGCUUAAAUGGCAAGGAAAAAGCAGAUUCUGGAGAUGCUAGCCGGAGUGAAAAAUUAAUGCGUUUGUUGGGUGGCUUUAGAAAAGUCCAGGCAAAUGAAGAAGGGCAAAAUACCAACUCUGGAGUGGCGUCAGUUGGCCAAUGGAGUACAGCAAACUUGGGAUCUUCAGACCGUCAGCAGAAAUUCAUGCGAUUGCUGGGCGGUUUCAAAAAAGGGACCACUCCGACUAAAGAUGGCGCCAGUGGUGCAGGUGGACUUGGAGGUAGGAAGGCGUUUAACAAGGAGGAGGAAGAGAAAGUUAACAGUGCCCUGGAGUCUCAGUUUCAGAAAGCCAUGGAGAUGAAGCUGAAUACAACCAAAGGAAUUGGUUUGGGGUUUCAGGAGGCUCCAGGUGCAAAUAAAAUAUUUUAUAUCGACAAAUCCAAAAGCAAUUCUGUUAAGUUUGAGGACUCUGACUGAAGCCUCUUUUUUUUUUUCAUGUUUUUCCUUGUAGGAGUACUUAACAGAGAAAAUCAUGCCAUUUUUUUGUUACAGUGAAUGUGUUAACAGAGGAAUUGGGGAAAUACUUGGUAAUUAAUUGUCCCUCUUUUUUGUUCAAUGCUAUUUGGUAAAGAAGAUACUGUUUAGUACGAGACUAACACCACCUAACUGUGGUGAGGAAAUUUUGUACCAGUCCAAAAUUAUUAAAACAUUAAGAGAAAAUGGCUCACAUUAUUUUUGCCAGUUUUGGGCAUGAUUUAGUUAAUUUCACAGGCAGCCAUGUUAUUGGUGGUCAUGGAAAAAACAAAAGGACAACCCCUUUUCAUAAAAAUGCACUAAGAAGACAUUCUGUAGAAAAAUGAUGUUUAUUUAUAUCAUAAUAUUAAGAAUAAACUUUGAUCUACAUCUACUAGCACUUUCAAUACCACCUUUGAACUAAAGUGCUUGCAAACGAAGGGUAUCAAACAUAAGUGAUGCAACAAUACAUAAUGUAUUACGUGGCAAUAUAAUAUCAUACAAUUAAAACAAAAUGAGUAUUUUGA